AUGUCAUCGAUGGCUUCCCAUAUUCCGAUGGCGCUGUCGUUCCUCAGCUCUGUAGCCUCUGUCGCGAGUGGCCUACAGAAAGCGAGCAAUAGCUCCCAGCCACCACCUCCACCCCCUCCCCAGAACCCUCUCGCUGCACCUCUUCAGAACGUGUCCAACCUCCCUGGAACGUCCACAACUAGCAGUUCCGCGUCUGCGGCUGCGUCGACCAAUGGCACUACCGCCGCCUCUGGGAGCGCCAGUCUCGCCGGCAUUAGCGUUGUCGCGUUGUGUAUCAGUUGCCAGGUGAAGCCCAAGUACUUUGACGGGAGCAAGACCCAUCCCUUCUGCAGCAAGACUUGUGCUGCUAGCAAGCCCAAGUCAUCCUCUGCGCCAAAGACAGGCUCUGGACAGGCCAGUGCCAACACAUGCGUCUUCUGUAAAGUCCGCCCGAAAUACACGGACAACAAUCGGACCCACGAUUAUUGCAGUAAAGCAUGUGCCAACAGGGCGAAUCCGCAGCGAAAGCAGUCUGGUCUUGCGGCUAGCCAUGGUGGUAAUCAGAAUACAUGUCAAGCACCUGGAUGCACGAUCCCAGCCCAUCCAACGGGAGAUUACUGUUCUGUGUCUCACAAGACAUUGGCCGAGAACCUCUGCCUCCUGUGCCUCAAGCAAACCAAGAUGGCCAACUCCCACUUCUGUUCCCAAACUUGCAUCGACGACGCAGAGAAGAAAGGGCCUGCUAUCCUCGAAGUUCCCAACGGGCAUGUCACCUUCAAGAGUGUCGCGGACCAAUUCAAGGCGUCGUGGCGGCACGUUGGGUCGACCUGCCCUACCGUUCGUCGGAUCUACAAGAUUAUACUCCCGCCGACUACCCUUGCCAACUACGAGAAAUACAGGGAUGCGGUAGAAGCGAAAGGCCAGUUCGUCGCGCAGGGUCGCUCAAAGGGAAACGAGAACAGGCGGUGGCAUGGCACGCGGAGGACGUGUAAUCUCGGCGAUAAAGGCCACACGCAGUUCUGUGCCUCGACGACAUGCUCACUCUGCUCGAUCAUCAAGAAUUCUUAUGACAUCUCGUUGUGGGGGAAGAAGACCGGAUGGGGAAGGUUCGGGAAAGGAAUCUAUACUUCCUCCACGUCUUCCAAGUCCAAUGACUACUCGCAUAACGACUGCAAGUCAUCGCUGAAAGCUAUCCUCUUGAACAAGGUCGUGGUCGGUAAGGGAUGCAAGAUGCUGCAGGACAGCACGAGCUUGACCGCUCCUCCCACUGGUUUCGACUCGGUCUUGGCAGAGAAGGGCGGGAGUCUGAACUAUGACGAGUUGGUGGUAUACACCAACGACGCGAUUCGACCUUCCUACCUCGUCAUGUACGACGAGCCAUGA